AUGGUUGGAGUGAAGGUUUUUGCCGGCGCUGCGGCGUUGAUGUCCAGCUUUUUGUCGGCUUCUUUUGCCCUCGAUGUGGAUCUCCAGUCCAACGUUGCUGUCUACUAUGGACAAGGUGCUAACCAGCCUCGCCUGAGCCACUUCUGCGAGGAGACUUCGAUGGAUAUCAUUAACUUGGGAUUCAUCAAUGUCUUCCCCAAGAAAGUCGGUGACUGGCCAGGCUCGAACUUUGGUAACCAGUGUGAUGGAACUGUCUAUGAUGGUACAUCACUUCUCAAGGGUUGCCAUCAGAUCUGGGAGGAUAUCCCCAGCUGUAAGGCAAAUGGAAAGACUGUUCUUCUUUCUAUCGGUGGUGACUCGGCAAAUCCUGGUGACAUGAGUGAUGAGGUCGCCGAGUGGUUUGCUGAUUUCUUAUGGUAUUCCUUCGGUCCUGUUAAUGCCAGCGCUGUCGCGGAGGGUUUCCCUCGUCCCUUUGAGCUUAAUGUUCUCGAUGGAUUCGACUUUGAUAUCGAGUCUGAUGGUGGUGAUGGAUACGCUGCAAUGAUCAACCGCCUCCGUAGCCACUAUGCCAAGUAUCCCCUCGAGUCUUUCUACAUCUCAGGUGCUCCUCAGUGUAAUAUCCCCGACCAGCAGCUCAGCGAUGCCAUCUCAAACUCCCACUUUGACUUCAUUUGGGUUCAAUUCUAUAACACAGAUGCAUGCUAUGCCCGUGCUUUCAUAUCUGGGGCCUUGCCAGGAACCGUGGGCUUUGACUUUGAUGGUUGGGUCAAUGUCAUCAAGACCAGUGCCAACCCCGAUGCCAAACUCUUUGUCGGACUUCCAGCAGCUGUUGGUGCGGCCAGUGUAUCUAGCCCUGAGUCUUACCUAGAGUCGGCCGAAGUCUUCACUCUGGUUGAGUACGUGAGCGAGUAUCCUGAGUUUGGUGGUAUUAUGCUAUGGGAGGCUACAUAUUCCGAUAAUAACACCGACUGGAGAGGAUGGACCUAUUGUGAGCAGAUGAAGGAGGUUCUUGACUUUUUGUGCCCUCCUCCGGUUCAUUCGACAACAUCUACCAUUCCCACUGUGACUCCUACACCGGUUCAUUCUUCCACAGUGGUGCCUUCUAGCAGUGUGGUCACUACUAGCUCUUCUGCUGUCUCUAGCUCCUCAGUUGCCUCUAGCUCGUCGGUCGUUGCCAGCUCUUCCUCUGCCUCGCCAACUUUGACCAUCACCCGUACCGUGAGCCCAUUGCCAGCCCAUACUUCCUCGUCGGUGCCUUCAAGCAGCGCUUCCGUCCAGUCCAGCUCGAUCACCACUUCAAGCUCUGCGACCCACUCCUCGCACUCCCACUCGCACUCGCAUGCGCACUCCCACUCACACGGACACUCCCACUCGCAUGUGCACUCAAGCUGGAAGCCCUCGGGCUCCCAUACACCCACUGGGCCUCACUCUACUCGUACUCCGAGCGGUCGUCCCCAUCAUUCAUCUUCCAGCUCCUCUUCUCCUUCUUCUUCUUCUUCUUCUUCUACUCCUCUUACUGUCCGUCCUACUUCCUCUGGUCUUUCCAGCAGUGUUCCGGAGUCUAGCCAGUCUUCCACCUCUACGCUCAUUCGUACCUCAGAGUCAACAGGAUUACCAAGCUCGAUCUCGAAGUCUGUCACUUCUGUUGCCUCUUCAAGCUCCUCUGGUAUCCUUGAAACAAGCACCAUUAUUAUCGGAUCAGGCUCUACAUCCAAUGCCGCUGGAUCUGGCUCCACGUCCAGUGCGACCGGUGUGCCACAGCCAAGUGGUGGCAAGGGCACUACUCAGACUACCAUCACUGCCUUGCCUUCAGUGACCUCUGCUCCUGCCUCAUCCGCUCCAGAGACAAUCACCACUGUCAUUGUUACUUCGUACACUGAUAUCUGCCCUACUGGCUUCACAACUAUCUGGACCACAUACACUACUUAUGUUUGCCCUGAGACCGCUACCACAGCUUCCGCUACUGUAACCAACCCUCCAUCUGGGGCUUCCACUACUAGCGCCACUGUCCCCGAGGGCUGGACUACCACUGUGACUGUCUGCACCCAGUGCGCUGCGACCCCGACAACUGUUACUCUGACUCUACCCAACCCCACGUCAUCUGUUGAGGCUACUACAGAGACUACCGCCGUUCAGCAAGAGACUACCGGCAUCCCAUCAGCAGAGACUACUGUCGUCCAGUCAACUGAGACCGAGAUAUUUACUACCACUGUCUCUUUCUGUGAGAGCUGUGGACCCACCGGUUCCAGUGUCACUUUGACCGUGCCCUACACCGCCCCUGCCUCGAUUGUGACCCCCACUUUGCCCAGCUCUUCCAGCGGUGUUCCUGGUCGUCCCACCUCAACCGCUCUGGUUCCUGGAGCUGGUGGAAUUUCUACCUCCAGCCACAGCCCGUCAUUUGUCUUCCACCCAACUACCACGAGCACUGUCUCUGGUAGCUCGGGUGCACCCACUUCCACACCUGAGGGAAUCGCACCAGCCUUCAAUGCCGCUGGCUCUCGUUCGGAUAUAAUUAAUAUCUUCAGCGUUAUGUUCGCUGUUGUUAUUUCCGCUCUCUUGAUGUAA